AUGGGAAAACGCAAGGCAGCGAAGAAGCCUCAGGGCCCAAAGAAGAUACUGACAAUUUUGCGUGUGAAGAAGGAAGUUUUAAACACGACUUUCCCUUGUCUCUUCUGCAACCACGAAAACUCGGUCAUUGUCAAGAUUGACAAGAAGGGCGGUGUUGGUCAAUUAUCCUGCAAAGUAUGCGACCAAAAGUUUCAAUGCGCCAUCAACUAUCUGUCAGCUUCGGUGGAUGUUUAUGCCGAUUGGGUUGAUGCUUGCGAUGCGGUUGCGAAAGAGGGAAAUACCGAUAGAGACCUUGACCCCGAACGUACACCUAUUCGACGUAAAUCCGGUGCUGCUGCCAAGGACGAUGAAGACGACGACGACAAUGACGAUGACAUAAUGGGAGACGAGGACGGAAUGGGUGGCUAUGGUGGCGACAAAGUCGUUGCGGACGAUGACUACUAA